CGGCGCGCGACGUCGCGGCGUUAGUUUGCGUCUGUCUAGGGUCGCGACACCUCCACCUCUACGUGCUGUAGUCACCGCUUCUCGCGAACGCGAAUAUCGAAUAAACGAGGAAACGCCAACAUCUCGCAUCGAGGAUCGAGGGAUCGACGUGCCGGAUUCCGCGCGCGGUCGUUUGUCUCUCCGCCCCAUUUUUUCGGACGACCGAUUUAGUCUCGAGAAAGUUUGAGGAAAAUCGUCGGGUGUUGGAAGAAGAAGAAGACCCAAGUAUCCUCGAAACUGUCUUAGAAUUUUUGAGAAUCCUUGGAGAGGUCUAUGAGACAAGUCGAGGCGCCGCGUAUACUUUAGGAGAGUCUCUCUUUCUCUCUGAGAUAUCUCUCGCAUAAGUUUAAAGCAUUUUCCGGACAAGUUUACGAGAGACGGUAAACUAGAGUCUGUAAAAAGCAUGACGAAGGUCGCAAGUUUUUGAGAAAAGAGAUCCUGUGUAAAUUUUGAGGUGUGUAAAAGAACAGUCGGAAAAGUGUUAUCAAGAGUCGGCGAAAGCUCUGAGAAACUCUUUUAAGAAUCUUUGAACAUUUUUGUUGAGAAGCAUCCACACAGAUCAGACAUUUUUUUAACAAUCUGCGAAAAUCUCGAAGGAUUUGCAAGAUUUCAAAAACGUUUUGAGGAUCGUUGCAAGAUUACCGAAUAACUUUUUGCAUCGCGCAGAUUUUUAGUCACGUGGUCGGAGAGUUUUCCAACUUUUUAAAGAUCCACGUUUAAAGCCGUGUGCUAUGUUUUAUAACAUUCGGGGAGAACUCUUUUCAGUUUCGUUUCUCGAUUCUUCGUAUAGAAGCUAAAGAAAGAUUAUUCGAUCGAUGUAAGCUUGAUAAAAGUGAUUAAUACUCAAAGAUUUAACGUAGUGUCUCGCGCAUUUUGCGAUUCAUCGACUGAUUAUUCAAGAUAUUUUUACAGUAUCUCUAGCGCAAAUUCUCAAUCCGGGCGAAUAUUUCUUUAAGAUUCCCCCUCGAAUCUUUGCCGUAGGAUAUUUUUGCUCCGCGCUUCGAGAAUCUUAAAGUGAAAGAGCUUGACAUUUAAAGGGCCUUUGGUUAUCCUGCCCCAUCAUGACUCCGAAGAGUUCUAUUUGAAUAGUAUUGAAUGCAGUAAAAGCGACAUAAGUGGAAUUAUCGAAGACCAGUAAGACUUUGAAGUUGAUCGAUCUGCAGCCAGAUAUUUUUGAGAAAUCGGUGAAUUCAAUUCAGCUACUCGAGAGACAGAGUUAGAUGGAUCUGUUUUGAUAUCCGACAGAAUUGCUUUCUCUCUACUGAAGUAUUUUUGAAUCAAGAUUUACGGCUAAGGAUCGAUCUCGAAACGGAGUGCGUGGAUCGUGCAUGUCCGAAGUCGGCGAUUCGAUUACGGCGAUGAAGAUGAGCAAAGUGGGCAACCAAACCAAUUCACAGGACCCACAGGCAGUGAAUUCACGCGUUUUCGUCGGAAAUCUGAAUACAUUUCAGUGCAGCAAGACCGAUGUAGAACGAAUGUUCCAACGCUAUGGCCGUCUGGCUGGUAUUUCCAUGCACAAGGGUUACGCAUUCGUGCAGUUUACAAAUCCGUUUGAUGCACGCAGUGCGUGCCUCGGCGAAGAUGGUCGCACCGUCCUCAGCCAGAUUCUCGAUGUAAACAUGGUAGCCGAGCCAAAGCCUCACCAAACUGGACGCAAGCGACAAAAUGUCUCCAAAACUGGCAACGACUGGGACUACUACUAUGACAGCUAUUACGCGUCUACCGCGUUUCCGCCGCGUUUGGCACCACCAUUGAAACGGCCGCGUUUGAUGCCACCGACACGAGCACAGCAUCCGAAGCUGCAGAAACAACAAUUGACGGCAAACACUGGCACAAUACCCGACUUGAAUCAAUUGAAAGUGUACAGCAAUCCAGAUAUACUGAUCUGCGGCAACUGCAGGGAGAUGUUCACGGAACUCGGGGAGCUGUUGGAGCACAAGCGGAACUACUGCAAGCUGCGGUUCACAUGUAAAUGUCACACCUUCAACGGAGCCGCCCCAAGAGACUCGACGACGGCGUUGCUCUGCGUUCUCUGCAAGUUAUCUUUUCCAAGUGCUUGGGAAUUGAUGGUUCAUGCCCAGGCAGCCCACAUGAUCAACAUUUACGAGCUCGGCACAAGAGCGCCGAGCCCGUCGCGAAGUCCUAGUCUUGACCAACCGAAGGAGUCGUCGCCUUCCCCCCAGGAUUUCCAGGAAAUCAAGGCUACGGAUUGCGAAGAGCGCGCGGAGGAGGAAGAACUUGAUGGACACGAGUUAAUACCGUCCCCAGACAGUGGCAAGUCAACGGACAACGAAGCGGCUCUGUCGCCGAUCAAGAUUCGAUCUGACGUAAACGGGUUGGAUCACGAGGACUGCGACGAAUUGAUCCACGUUGAGAAUACCACGCAGGCAUGCAUCAUGCAUACUUUAAGCAUUGACUCUUCUUUGGAAUUGAAUUCUGAUACAAACUCGAGAACAACUUCUGGAACGGUGAUGGCCUUGACCAAUGGUUCAUUAUCGGCGAAGGAAUAAACGAGAAAUAAAAAUAUUUAAAAGAGAAGAUUCAAAGAAUAUUCAUCGGAACGGUCUUCCCCGGCCAACCAACGAGACAUAUCGAUCUCCUUUAAGGAUUAUGCACCUGUUUGUAUAUAGCUUAAUUGCCUAACAAAUUAUUAUUCAGGAUCGCUAGAUCCCGUGGUCUAUGCCGGCUGAUCGAAUAUCGAUCAUCUUUCCCUCUCCCAAAAAAAAAAGAAAAAAUAUUAUUUCUAUCCCGGACUCCUUUCCACACAUUUGCAAUUUUGUUUCAAAAUUUUAUUGAAAAUAAAUUGAGAAGCAAAGUGUUGCAGAAAUUCAAAUUGGUUUAAAUUGUUUCAAAAUUAUUGUGUAAUAAUAUUGAUUGGUAAGUAAUUUAAUUGGUAAUUUUAUUUGUAGAUUU